CCGCAACCCCGAACCCUCACUCCAGCCGUUUGCUUACUCUCCUCUCCCCCUCCCCUCAAUUCUCACAACCCAAAACCCUCAAUCAUGGCAGAGAGACCAGCUGAGAGAGGCCGCGGCGGAUUCGGUCGCGGGUUCGGUGACCGCGGUGGACGCGGUGACCGUGGUGGACGCGGACGCGGACGCCGACCAGGGCGCCGCGAAGAGGAAGAGAAGUGGGUCCCAGUGACCAAGCUCGGCCGCCUCGUGAAGGAAGGCAAGAUCCGCAGCCUGGAGCAGAUCUACCUCCACUCCCUUCCCAUCAAGGAGCACCAGAUCAUCGACACUCUCGUCACCCCCGGCAGUCUCAAGGAUGAGGUCAUGAAGAUUAUGCCGGUCCAGAAGCAGACCCGGGCCGGUCAGCGAACCCGGUUCAAGGCCUUUGUGGUGGUCGGAGACACCAACGGGCACGUAGGGCUCGGCGUGAAGUGCAGCAAGGAGGUGGCCACUGCGAUUCGCGGUGCCAUUAUAUUGGCUAAGCUGUCUGUGAUUCCAGUGAGGAGAGGUUACUGGGGCAACAAGAUUGGGAAGCCCCAUACAGUGCCGUGUAAGGUGACCGGGAAGUGUGGGUCGGUCACGGUCAGGAUGGUGCCCGCCCCCCGUGGUUCUGGGAUUGUGGCUGCCCGUGUGCCCAAGAAGGUGUUGCAGUUUGCUGGUAUUGAUGAUGUCUUCACUUCAUCCCGUGGUUCCACCAAGACCCUUGGCAAUUUCGUCAAGGCCACUUUUGAUUGCCUCCUGAAGACUUAUGGUUUCUUGACACCUGAGUUCUGGAAAGAGACACGCUUCACCAAAUCUCCAUUCCAGGAGUUCACGGACCUUCUGGGAAAGCCAACUAAGCCCCUUCUUAUUGAAGAUGUCGAGAAAGUAGAAGCCUAGUGUGAGCGAUCCUAGCGUUACUUUAAGAUGAAAUCUUGGUUUUGAGGUUUCUAGGUUUGAAGACAUUAUAUGUUCGUCUUUUUUGUCUUAAGAAUUAUUAUCGUUUAUAAUUUGUCUUUCUUUUGCGUUAAUUUUGAUCUAUGUCGGGAUUCAAUCUUGUUACCUUGCUGAAAUUUUUGGAUUUACAAGA